GGGGCAGGCCGGCGGGCAGCUGCCCGGGCACGGCUCCGAGCGGCCCGCUAGGGGCCGGCAGGGUCCCCUCGGCGCAGCCGGCCCGCUCCGCCGUGUCCUGAAUCCUGAUCCGGGCUGCGUUUCUAAGCCCUACCUUUCUUUUGGGUGCAGGGGAUGGUGGCGGUAAGAGAAGCGUGGCCAGAAUCUUUAUAACUGUAAUAGACUGCAACAAAAGGGCUAUUCACCCCUUGAUGAAGCGAGGAUUUACGUGCAUUAGUGCCCACUCUGCGCUGAGAGGGGAAGGCUGCCCGAUGAAUGGGGGACAUUCCUCCGCUCCGCGCCCCCCCCUUCCCCCCUGCCCGAGUCAAUGCGUGUGUCUGACACGGCUGCUGGUAAUUGGGAAUCUGCGAGCUGUGCCUGGCUGGUGGGGGGAAUUCAGCUUGUUCUCUUUGCCUUCUUGAGCGUUCGCGGAGCAGAGCCGGAGCUCUGCUGUUUCUUUAGCUUUCUGUUAAUUUGAAUAUUAAUCUUUGGUCCAAAUCUGCGCAAACACAAAUUAAGGAAGGGCUCACAUCGCAGCCAAGAUGCCUGUUAAAUGAGAUUUGUGUGUAAUAUGCAUACGUGUAGUAUGAAAGCAGCGUGCCUGUGUCAGUGCAGUUGGGAGUAGCUGCUCUGGGUCUGAAGGUUUGUGUAGUUAUAGGAAGGCCCGUGCUGCUGGAUGCUGCAGAACACCGCAGCCUGCCUCUGGAACAAUAUUUGCAGUGGUAAAACAGCGCCUGAUAGCAGGGUGGAGUCAGCAAAAGCGUAUGAGCUUAAGGGCUCGUUCAGAAUUUCCAAACAGAGCUGGGUUUUCCUUGACUCUCGCCACCUCCUGGUACUUCCCCCAGGACUGCAGUGAGUCACAGUGGAUGACCUCCAGAGGUCCCUUCCAACCCCUACGACUCUGUGACUUUUCCCUGAGGGAUGUGAGGUCAGACUUUAUGCAGUGUCUGCAGUGUGUGGUCUCUGUGCUUCCUGGGGCACGUGGAGCCGGGCAGCUCUCAUCAGCAGUGUGCUGCUGGGGGCGCGGAGCUCACCUUGCGGGUGGCAGUGAGGGAUCCCAAGGCACGUAAACGCUGUGGGGGCCUAAUUUGCUCUUUUGCAGAUCUUCUGAGGGCACUUGUUGGCUGGGGACGCUUAUUGAAAAUAACGAAGUGGCUGUGUUAUAUGUGGUGUAAAACAGAGGACGAGAGCAGCCGCUGUGGCAUCCUCCCCUUCCUGCUGGUUGGUGUGAAGAGGGCUGACCUGCGGCGUGUGCUGGAGUCCUUUUGUGCUGGGAGAAGCCUGGUGGGGGGAGUAGGAAGAAGUGCGGCUUUCCUUUAAAAACAAAGCAGGGAACAGGAAGGAGCAGCUGGUCUGCAAGCUGCCUUCUAUUGAUGCAAAUAUAUUUUCCAUUAAGGCACAAUUGGGAACCGUGUACCCACGCUAAGGGAAGAACCAGUGCCAUAGUAUACAUGCUUUGGGGCUGGAAAAGCAUCUUUGUCCUGUUUCCAUAGUGCUUCUCUUUGGGAGCUGCUCCAUUCAGCCUCCCGCAUGCUGCCAAAAUACAAAUGUAUUUCUAGGGGCGGAGGGAAGGCUGAACUUCCUCACCCCUACCAAAAGCAAGCUCUCCGAACUGACUCCUAAUGUUUUCUCCUAGCUUUCUUCAUCUCUGGGAUAACGUGCCAAAAAAGUUUACUGGAUUUACAAAGCCACAGCCAGACUAUAUGAUGCUAGCAGUGUAUUUGCAAGUGCAGUCAGUCUCUUGAAAUUAGAAAUAACAGUGUGCUAUCUUUCAUAUGGCUCUCAUACUGAUACAGCUAAUGAUUAGAGAAGAUUUAGAAGGAGUGAUAGCAAACCAUGAAAAUAAAUCUGAACUGAGCUAAUAACUUAAGAGAGGAGCCCUGGUAAGUUGAGUCACGUCAUGUUUUCUUAAUUAGAGGUCGCUUAGCCUUCGUUCUUCCUUGCUGCAGUCGGUUGAUUUGGUGCUGCCUGUGUGUAAGCAUCCUGUCAUCCAGUCUAAUCUAAACAAAAUGUGUUUUUAAGAGAUUAUAUUUUCCAGCUCUUCUGUUGUCUGCUUUUGGAGUAAGCAACAUCUGUAGUUAAACUUUGGUCCUUGCAGGUGGAUUAGUCCUUUCCUUGUCUUUAUAUGUUGCCUCGGCCUAGCUCAGCCACAGGACAGAUGUGUGCAGCUGCAUUGGCUGCGGCACAUCACAGAGGCACACGAGCCCAACACAGCAAACCCAGCCUGCCCAGUUGGCAUUAUAGCUCUGCCGUGGCAGACGUGCUGCCCUGGUGGAUGACACAGCAGGGAGAAUUCUGCUAGGGAAGUGGGAGCGUUGAUGCUAGAAGUGGGAAUUGUGCAGUCUACAGCGGGGCUUGAUUUCUGAAAGAAAUGGCCAAAUUUUGGUACUGGGGAUCAUCCUCCUCCCAGCGGUACUUAAAUGCAUCUUAAUAGGGAGGAGCUUGGAAGAGGAGCUCCGAAUUCCUCACAUACUUCUCUUGGUAACGGGAGGGGUGAGGUGUGAGUGCUGGUGGCUCGUGGUGUGAUGGCUGGAGCUAACGCUGGCAGCACACAUCUUUAGAUUAUGCAAAUGACCGAUGCAUUAUUAGUGAGGCAGUGUUCAAUUUUUAAUGUAGUACAUGAAGCAUCGUGAUAUUACUGGCAUUAUUUAAUUAGAAAGUUGUCUCAGUAACCGUUGGAAUCCUGCUUUGAAUUUUUACGUGUUAAUAACUGCUCGGUACGAAGUUGGGAGCGCCUGCUUUUGGUAAUGCCGCGUGGAAAUACGGCUGUCUUCAGUCUGCAAAGACCUCUCGGCAAUACCGAGCGGAGUGAAGCAGUCUGUAUACAAAUGUUUAAACUUCAUUCUGACCUUGUAAAUCCUGUUUUCUCCCCAAGUGCAAAUCUGGUGCAACACAAACAGCAGUGCUUCAAAAAUAACCCUAAUUAGCAAUUAGCUGCAAUAAAUCAAGCCUGGAUGGGGCGCUUGGUGCUGUUGAAUUUGAUAGUAUAUUAUGGCACAAGUUGUGUAAUAGACAUUUAACUGUUUUAUCUCGUAGGGCUGCUUUUCUCACAUUAGUAGGAAUAUCAAAAUGUCAUGUGAGUUGCAGCAGUAAUUUAUCUGAUCGUAUGUACACAUGUCGUGUUGUGGAGACGUGCUUUCUGCGUAAAGAUAAUGGAUGAAUUCAGCUAAGUGAGCUUGUGAGGUACAGAUGUCUUUACUCAGUGUCUGUAAGUACAAGAAACAGCAAUAAUUCAGCCUUUUCUGGAAUGCAGCGGGUUUAAAGGCAGUGAUUUCUGCUGGCAGUGUGGUGGUGGCGUGCUGGCCCUGCAGGGGCCGCGUGGCCUGGAGGUGUGCGCUGCGCUGGACACUGCCCUGCUGACUGUGCUCCUGUGGCAGUGAGUGAAGGGAGGAACUCUGCAGUGUGUCCUUUGGUUUUUCUCUGGGCUUUUUCCUAUUUAAAUGCGUGACACUGUGAGUAGUGUGCUCUGGCGUUAUAUUCCCUGAAAGGUAUUUUCAGGGCCUCUAAUACGGCCAUAAUUCAUCUUCUGACUUGGCUCAGGCCUUGUGCUUUCUUUUGGUAGAAAGUCAAUAUUAUAUUAUUGUGCAGGGAAAGAUGACAUUAGUGUCUAUUACGCCUCAGUUUCCUUGAAAGAGAAUGUAAUUAUUGGUACUAAUUAAGAUAGCGGAUCCCUAAUUUAUCACUAGCGGUGUUCUCAGUGUAGCUUCCCUAUUUCCCUUCUUGACUUUUAUCUAUGCCUCCAGGAUAACAAGGCUGUUCUUAUAGGUCACUGUAAUUUAUUGCUGCAUUACGCACCGCUGAAGUUUUAUCAAAGCAGGAGCUGUGCUUAUGUGUAAAUGAAGGGGCAGAGGAAAGCAGGUGAGCUGAGCUCUGAGGUUGUUUGCAGGGAGCCUGGUGACUCACUGUAGGCAAAGCGAGGGGAAAAAAAGGAAAAAUCAAGAUGUAGCAUGAGGAACUCCAAUACAAACUGUAAUUCCAGAGGUACCGCUGGGAAGGCUCUCUUCUGGAGUGAAACCCCUGAGCUGGGAAAGAACAACAAUUUGCAGGUGAUGGUUUAAUCCGUGUGCCAGAGACAGCGUGCUUGGCUUUUAAUUUGAAGUGCUUCCUCUGGGACUGUUUUUAAAUGUUUUGCUCUCAUCAUUCCUUACUGUUUGUGCUAAGCUUUCCUGGAUGGCACCACGCUGAGCCCUGCAGGGCUGGCUGCAGCAGCAGCCCUCAGGCAAGCAGCAGGGCUGCCUGUCUGCCCUCUCCUCAGCUGUGUUCCUCCAUGCACUAUUUGGCAGGUUUGGCUGAAUUCAUCGAACGGCUCGGGCUGGAAGGGACCCCAGUGAUCAUCAAGUUCCAACUGAUGAGUCAAAGCCAUAUAUUUUAGAGGAUCUGGUUGUAGGAUGUGCACCAAACAAAGAGGGGUGUUGUGUUUCUCUGCUGUAUGUUUUGGAUGUUGUGUUAGCAUGCUUUGAAAUUCUCCUUCCCGUGUCUUUUUGAAGAGAGGUAGUUUCUUUUGAACGCUACUUUAAAGGAUGCUGGCUCUUAUUCAAGUAAUAGGUGAAAUCCCUUAGCAUCUCAAGCUUAAUCUGGAAUUUGUGUCAUCUUCUCCAUAACCUUACUGCACUCCUACCUGUAUGCCGUGAUGUAAGGAAGAUGCUGACAGUGAUGUCAGCACCACCUGUCCUUCUCUGCAGCCCUUUCUUGUUCUGAAUUAUUGACUCCUGGGAUUUAUGCUGUGUGUGCAGCGUAGAAGUUUUAUCUCAGCAAUUGUGCAUGUAAACCGGCUGCUGGAUAGAGAUGAUCUCCGCAGCAUUAGAAGAAUGCUGAAGGGAAGGACUUCCAUUUAAUUGGUUUUAUCUGUGGCUCCAGAUUUAUUCAUUUUUCUCUUUAUCUGUAGUUUAACAAAUAAUCAUUCUCCAUAAUUUGACACAUUAUAUGGUUGAGUAAUUAUGUUCUAAUUACAGAAUCCCUUAACUGCAAGGUAUAGUUUGACGAAACAGUUUGGGUCUUUUAUUAAAUUGUAGCAUGUUUCUAUGGGAUGUGUUCAAAUCAACUUAAGGGUUCCCAAUGCUGGAAAAUUUUAGAUGUAAAAUGUUAUUGUUCAGACAAUGAAAUAGGAAUGAGUGAUGGUGAGGAGAAUGGAAGAACUGGAGGGCAGCUGUUAGCCAAAAGCCUUAGGGUGGGUCAGGGAGGGUUCUCACCAUAAGGAUUGCACUUCCCAAACCGUGUCUGAGCUGAAAAGGAGAAGGGUAUCUGAGUCAUAAAAUCCCAGUGUGGCAUAUUGAAACACAAGUAGGAGAUGUGAGCAGCUGAAUGUAACCAUGAAUAGCGUGUUUAUUUAUUUAUUCUAAAUCUCUCUUUUGGAUAUCUUUCUUUAACUUCAGAAAGCACUCAAGUGCAUCCUUGAGGUGACUGUUAGAAUUGUUCAGUACUUUUCCGCAGCGAGAGUCAGCAGAUGAUAUAUUAGAAAUAGAAAAAUCCAAUUUGCUGAAGGCUUAAAGCACUGUGAGCACAGCCCUGCUUGGCAGUGGUGGCAGUCAGAGGCCCCUGUGGCAGAGCCGCAGUGUGGUGGUGGGAUAAGGACCUCGUGCUGCCAUAACGAUAUGCUCCAGUUCGGGUGCCUCCUGUAUUCAUUAUCUCCAGUAAUUGUAGAGCUUUAGGUGUCAGUCUCACUGUGCAUCGGGCAACUACCUGGCCAGAGUGCUUGCAGAAGGCACUGCUGUGCUGGCAGAGGGUGAGCCGCCCUGUGUGGUAGGUCACUUGUAGGGGGUUGGGAGCAUCAGCACAUGUGCACGUUGGCAGCAUGACGUGCUCUGCCAAAGGCAGCACUCAGCAGCUAUGCACUGUAGAUCAGAAAACUCCCUGUUCAGUGCUCCCCCAAAACACUGCUAUCAGGGCUGCAUUACCUGAUAAUACCAGGGCUAAUAUAUUGCAGUGCUCAGUGUUCUUCUAAAACCUAUUUCCUGAAGAUGGUGCACCCAGACUUUAUUGUAAUUUUAACAUCUUGCAUUCAUUGAGACGGGCUGGUUGGGGGAUGCUGGCCGCGUUCCCAACUCUGUAACUCGGUGCUGUUGUGUUUGACAAACAGGGCUUGUUGCUGGCAGUUGCCACAGUGCGAAAGGGGAGUGAGGAUCAGCAGGGGUGUGUAUGUGCCCACUGGGGAGCAGUGAGAUUUGUCAGGAACCUUCUGGGGAUGGGGGCAGCCGUGGAACACAGGGAUGUGCUGGGGGUAAGGGCUGGAGGGAGGGGACAAACCUUACACGUUACUUCUGCUUAGAAUCCUGUGGGAAGUGUCCUGAGGGAGAGCCUGAUGCCACCCUGCUUGUUAUGGGGACUUGGCUUGAGUACCGGUGGGAGAAUCUGCCUCUAUGGAGAUGUCCUAUUGAAGUGCCUUAGUGAACAGGUUGCACACGGCGUGUCCGUUUCCUUCUAAUUCUCUAUCACCAGUGCCAUUAAAUGCACCAUUACCAGCCAUCUUAUGUAAAUGAUUUUUCCAGUCUUUUCUCUUAGUUCAAAAUACCCUUUUGGAGGGCUCUUGAUUAGUUGAACUCAAUUUGCUCAAAGGUUAUCAUGUUAAAUUGGUAUUUGGUUUUCAUUAACCUGUGCAGUAAUAUCUUGUCAUUAGAAAAAGCUUUCGCUGGGUCUCUAUCAUCAUUCAUUUCUUGUAGCUAGGUGCUUUGCUUUUUCUUCUUCUUCCAUCUGAUUCAUGCUGUCAAGGAUGCUGCCUUAAAGAGAAACAGAACAAAGGAAAAAAAAAAAAAACAAAAAAAAAACCCAACAGCUGGGAAAGCAUGACUUGUCUUCUGUAUAGCAGAGGGAAAAAGUGUCUGGCUGCACAUUAACCCAGCAGUGUCCUGUGUACUGACUUCAAGCUGCUUCAUAGCCAUGAGGUUCUGGCAAGGUGUUACCAUUACAGUUCCCUCAGAUGAGAGAACUUAUUGCUUUGCUGGAUGAGGUGCAGGUAAGUAAUCAAAACAGCACUUCAAGAGAGAAAUGAGGGGAAACUGGUCACUUCUGCAGCUGAGUAGAAAAGGCACUUUCGUUUUCUUCAGCAAGUGUUUGUGUGCAAACAUUUUCCAGUGAUUACUGUGCUCAUGUGUAUCUUAGGUUGCACAUCUGUUCUUCAGCCUUCCCGCACCAUUUUAUCUGUAGUGCUUAAGCACCGGACCCCCUUUUGUGUGUUCCUCCUUCCUGUUCUUUAGCGGAAGGAGAGCAGAGGAAGAAAAAGCUGACUGUUCUACCAACAAGAACCCGAGGCACCGUUGGGUCUGGGAUUUUGCAGCCAAGCCAGGAAUAGCAGUGCAGUGCUCACAGCCCCUGGCCUGUCCGUCCUGCAGGCCUGGCAGGGAGCUGCCUGCUGAGCCAACUUCCGCCAGCGCUGCAGGCAAGGCGGCCCGGGAGGCAGGAAGGCAGGGCUGGGUAUUCACUUGGCAACCUGAACCUCGUGCCAAGGGACUGCCAACUUCCUUGUUCAGUCAGUCCUGAGUGCAAGAAAGAAAAGGAUGCAUUUUUCGGGUUAAAAUGAAUUAAUUAUUCAGAUAAUUAAAAAAAAAAAUCUCUGAAUAAAAAUCUGACAGUUCAGGUUGAUAACUAGCUCUAGCUUUUUGUAGGAGCAUUAACAUACGUGCUUAGUCCUGAUCACCUCUUUCCAUCUGUUGAAGCUUUUGUCUACUUCUACUCUACAGAAAGAGGAAGUUAAUUUUUUGGUGACAGGCAGAUCCAUUGGGUGACAAACAGCGUAUGGGAGAGGAAGCAGGAGGUUUGGGCAGGGUGCUGUGCACCUCUAUAUGCUACAUGUCUAGUAGUCUCCAAGUAGAAAAUCCAAAAUAAACCACUGAAAAGGAUGGUGUUUUUACCCUCUUAAGUAAUGACAGCUUGCAUAUGCAUCUGCAGUAAGGAACAUAAAGGCAUGAUGCUAAAUGUAUGGUUGCAGUAGACCUCUGACUAAUGCUUAGUCCAUCUAUCAGCUGUAAUUGCUACCUAUCAAAACUUCAUUGUGUUAAUGUCUGAUGGCUUAAGGUGGCUCAGACAUCUCCUGCUCCUGUUCUGCCCAGUGCCUUGCUUCAAAGUACCAUUGUGUUUCUUUCUCCUGAUACAUCUCUCAUCCUAAUACCAAAUGGAUGAAAGCAAAAUCUUUGAACAUAAAUAAAACUAAUGGAGCACUAAACCAAAGGAAAUUGUAUUCUACUAAAUCUUGUCUGUUUGCUCUGCUGAAAAAUAUCUCUUACUCUAAGGAUAAAGAGAAGCAGCACAAGACACGGUUUUAAUCAAGAGAGUUAAGAGAGUUUGUGUUUUCCAUCUCAGGAGAGAAAAGUGUUCACUGAAACGUUUGCUAUAAGAAAGCAAAACCAGCAGGUGAAUUCUUGGUGCUGACAGUAGGGUAUGGAGCCAGACUUUUCCACAUGCCGAAGAAGUGAAGAUUGUUGGAGAGGGAAAAUGGCAAAUUCCUGCCCUUGUGGAAAAUGUGAGCAUCACAGCUUCUCUCCCAGGCUGUGAGUUCUUCCCAGUGUAUGAUUUGUUAACGUUAUCAGCUCACCAGUUCUGGACACAGAAACUGACUCUUGAGCUUUGCGCAACAGAAGUGUGUCACGAUUAAAAGUUGUCUUUGUUUUAAAACACAGCAAGCAGUUGGCAGUUCUGGUUUUAUCCUUUGAGUCAUUGUUCCCCGUGUGUAAGAGGUGCUUCCACUGAGUUCCAGCAGGACUCACGCUGUAGCUGAAGGGCUGCAGGCUGGAGUUGUCACUUAAUGAAGGCUGGUGACCAGAAGCGGCCAUACGGCAUUCCGCAGUGUCCUUAGUUAUGAGAUUGUGCUCCCCUCUGAUGGGACUGCUGUCAUCUGCUGGAUGCCUUCAGGUGACUGUUCUUCAGAUCCAGCUGCAGAAACGUGAACUGAAGGGCUGUAUUAAGGUAUAGGGGAAGUCAAGUCAUCAAGUAAAGGAGCUUGGCUCAGGAGAACUGCCGGGACUGUUUUGGGCCAAGCUGUCAGGAGCGAGGAGUGGAGCGGCAGCUUGUUUAAUCUAAACCCUGAGCUCACCUUUGGUACAGCUGCAUUCCGGCAUCAAGAGCUCUUAAAAUGGCUUCCUUGUGCCUCCUAGCAGCACCCUGUGGGCGAAUAUAUUCUGUUUAAGAGUUUGCUUAGGGCUGUAAAUAUGUGCUUUUUAUAAGUAAAGGGUUUCUCUGUUCUCGUGUCAGGGGGCACGGGAGCCCAUUCGGCUGUCACGGCCGUGUAGCAGUGCCGGGGGGACCAGGUCCUCGGGAGGGGGGUUCCUGGCUUCCCCACAGGCCUGCUGGCAGCCAGCACAGUGGGACUCCUCGGGGAGGGGCAGGGAAAUGUCACGCGGAAAAUCAUUUGCAGAGCAGAUGCAAUGCCUCAGUUUUUCCUAUUGCCGCACUGCACAUUCCCCGGGUUUUUGGGUGUGUAGGGUUUGAUGCUUUUUUUUUUUUUUUUUUAACAUUACAUUCUGAGAAUACAAGGCCUCCCCUGGCUGAGGAUGGAUGUCGGGUCAGCUUCAGAGCAAGGAGGGAGGGGGGGCUGCUGGAAGCGAGUGGGGCUGCCAGGCACAGCGGGGCAGCGGCCCGUGCCAACUGCGGGGUUAGAGCACCGGUUGUGACAGGGAUGGCUGUAGAUGAAGAGCUUGUGCCUUCACUUUGCAGCUUCACAUGGAGGAAGGUUUACCAGCUGCUAAGUGUUUUUCUUGUUUUUAUUCUACUUCAGCCUCCUCAAAAGGCAGAACUGACAAAAGCAACCAGGAAGUGAAGCAAAGCAGUUUCAAGCUUCAGCUUUUGGCAGCUCAUGCUGCACGUGUGCAGGCAGGUGACAGCUCUAAUGCUUAGGGUCCCGGCACCAGACCUCAGCUCUGAAUCCCACAGGCAUUCCGAGGAGCAGGAUCGUGGUAGCAGCUCCGGCUGCUGCAUUCCCUGCAGUGCUGUUUGCAUUCACCUCUGUCCCACAGAGGGGGAAACCUGGUUAUUUCUCUUGUACGUUUGGAAGAACGGGGAAAGGGCUGUGUGGGAGACAGCCGGGUCAGGAGAAAAGGGCUUGGUACAUGCUGAUACACAAAGCAGCAAAAGGGAGCGUGCUGCCCAGGCAAAGCUGCUUAUCUGGGAGUUGUGCCCCUCUGUCUGUCAGUCCCUGGGAUGUAAACAAUUGUAGCUACUUGCUGCAGAGUGAAUGAAAGUGGAUUUUCCCUUUCCUGCCUGUGUUUGGUGCAUAGCAAUGACUUUGUCAUAAAGGCAAACUCAAUGUCACGUAUUUGUGCCUUAUGCCUUCAAACACAGACUUGCUGGGAAGAGUUAAGAGCAUGUUUGCUUUUCAUUUUCACUUUGUUGAAAAUCAAAGUUUAAAAAGCUGUAAAACCUGAUCAUGUGUGUUUAAGGCCUGGCUGUUCCACUGAGCUGUCUCAGCCUCCCCAGCCUGGUCUCCCUGACGGUGUGCCUUCCCAGCCCGCUUGGCCGCAGCACUUAUGGGUGCUGGUGGGGCCGUGCCCUCCCACUUGGGUCGCAGCCCUUUCCAUCUGGACCUGGGGUCAUUGCCACGGCUGGCAAGGUGGAAAGUUGAUUAAGAAAAUCAAGUUUGUGCGUGCUGUAGAGCAGCGGAUGUAUCAUAAAGUGGUGAGAUGCUACAGUUUGCAAAGAUGGUGACUCAUUAGUUUAUUAAUCCAGCGGGUUAUUUUUCUUUUUGCAAAAUGUCUGGACAAAAGCAAAGGAACAUGAAAUAGUCCGCGUUAGGAGCUAAACAAUCCCCACUUACGCAAGUACUUUUGUUAGGAUUUGUAGCCAAACCCUUAAUGCCAUUUCGUUCUUAUAUGUGCAUUAUUUCCUCUAUUCCUUUUCUGUUGACUAAAGAAGAGCCCUUUGUGGGAGUUCAGAGAAUUUAUUUUAAAUGAUUAUUUACACAGGGGUAAUGGCUCCUUGGAAAGAUGUCUUUUGAAACUUUUUAGCAUGUGUGUUAUCAUUUAAAUUCACACUCAAACUAUUUAAAACAUGUAUUACAGUGUACAUGUGUAUUUAGGGGCUUGUGUAUAUUAUUUUACCCUAAUGGGUAAUACAUCUUCUCCCUGUGUAUUUAGGGAUGCUGAAGCCCAUGGAUUAUUCAGCAGUAGAGCAUGCACAUUAUCUUUGCAAGCUGAGAUUGAGAUGAAAUACUUGUGUCUAAGGAUAAGAACAUACCAGAACAGGAGUAAAUUAGCUUUGCCUUGCAGUAUCUCGGGCAGGUGGACUCCAAGAAGCAGCUGAUGUGGAUGUUGGGCCCAGAGCUAUUUCCUUCUUGUCAGGAAAAACUAAACAAAAAACCCUUCCAAUAUAGUGUAUCUGUCUUACCACUCAGCCACGUUUUGUUUGCAGACCCUUCAGGUCUUGGACAAACAGUGAAGAACCUGGAGAGUUUAAGAGAGAAGGUUUCCUUCAAUUCUUGGCAGCAGCUGUUUCUAUGAGGAACGUAGAAUAGCAUUCUCUUUAUCAAAGCUGCUGUUAUUUGAGAAGUAGUGGGAAUUGGUAAGUUUGGGAACAGCAUCUUCAUGAAGACUUAAUUUUUUGGCUUCAAUCUUGUCAGCCUUUUAGAUAGAGAAAUGCCAGUGUCAGACUUAGCUUUGGUCUCAUUUUGCACAUAUUCUCACCAAGACCAAGCAGAAACAUGCUUAGACUUUCCUUUUUUCCAUUGCUUUUUGUUUUAACCUGGAAAAGCAACUGCUGACACUUCACAGGAAGCUUUGCAGCCUAGAAAUAAUACCAAUCCUGCCUCUCUCCUUACUUGCUAGUUUGCUUCCAUGAGUGCUGACGUGAAAACAGGACCUCUCCGGUGAGCCUGAGCAGUAGAAGCCGUUGGCGCCGCUCGCUCUUGAGCCAGCACAUAACAGCAGUGUGCGGUGAUAGGGCUGCAGCCUUGUUCCUCUCCAGCAAAGCACAUCUUCCUACUUGAGGCAGGUCAUGCUGACCACAGGCAGUGGGGCCCUCCCAGCAGCUGAGCCAGCCCCACCACACUGAGCCCUCUGUGCGCAGAGCAGUGCUAUGCCCCGUGCCUGCAGGGCUGCCUUGUGUCUGUGGGACACCAAUCCUCAACAGCUGUAGCUGAAUGCUGUACUGGAGGAGUGGCUGUAAUCCACUAAUUUAUCUUAAAAAAAGAAAUGUGACUUUUUUGCUCUGAAAUCUCUUGCCGUGCUUGGUGAAUGUGGGAAUGGAACAAAAGUCGGUGAGCAGCUAAAAAAAAAAAAGAAAAUAUUCGUAUUCAGUUAUGGUGGCUGAGCUGAAGCUUAUAAACUGUGUGCAGGUGCAAAGGAGCAUCUUAGAACCCUUGGGCAGCAGCCCCUGUACAUAGCUGCAAUCCUCCUCAUUCACCCUUUGAUAUGCAAAGAGGAGAGGGAUUGGAUGCAGCCAGCUGAGACGGGCCGCCAGCUCCGGCAGCGCACGCUCACACAGAGAAAGCAAGCGUGUCCUGCAGAAUAAGCCGUUUGUACGUUUGUACCUACUGAAAUCAAGCAAGCAGAUGUCUUUCUGCUCACUUGUAUUCCACGAAUAUGUCAUCUGCUGCUGUAUGAGCAGCUACACAAGCCAGUUUCUGGAGUAGCUUUUCAUCAAAUGGCACAAGACAGUUAAUCGGCGUGAUCUGUUUCAAGGAGGAUGGCAUACAGAAGCAGAGCGAAGCACUGGCCUUCAGCAGGUCUAGUGACUGGGGACUCUUCCUUGGAGGUGGUGUAGGCCCUCUGUAAAUGGGGAGUUGCUAUUUCUGCUAUAUGAAACAUCAGAAUUUCAUGUGUGGUGUUCUUCUGUGCUUUGUUUUGUAGCUGUUUGCCUGGGAUAUUUUGGGUUCUCUCUCUGUGCUGAUUUCUAGAGCUAAGGUGCUCGCAGAGUUUCUGUGGGUGGCAACAGAGGGACUGCUAUCAUAGCAAUAUUUUCAGCACUAGGCUUGUGCUAUUAUCUGCUGUGAACAGCAGCUAGAGCAGAACAGCUUGUCAGUCCUGCUGAUAGGAGAAAUGCUAUUCUCUGGGAUUCUCUGUUGUUAGAAGAAGCUGAGCUUAGUGAAGACCCAAAUUAAAAGUCAUCUUUCUGCCCCUUUUGCUUUUUGACAUAAACACUGUAAUUAACUUUUGCUUACCAUCAAUUUUCACAUGCCCAGUUCCAAGGAAAUGUUAAUGUAAGAUAGCAAAGGCACAGAGAUUUUUUCAGCUCCCAGCCAAGUAAUGUGUAGGUGUGUGUCCUGCAAAGUGCUUUAUGCUUUUGACACCGAGGCAUUAGUUGCCAUUUUCCAAAGCAUGUCAGCAGUGGUGCGUGAGCAGACGAUGCUAUCGCAGCACAAAGCAGUGUUGAGCCCGUUGCUGUCUUCAGUGGGUCAUCUUGGUGGCUUUCUCCAAAUGCCAGCUGUUCCAAAUUAAAUGCUGGUAGGUAGAUAUUAGAGAAUUUGCCUUCUGCAUGAGCAGAGGGAAUUUUUCCACCCCCACUUUCCAGCCUACUAUUAUUGCUACAAGAGGCUUGUCAUCCUACACUUCUUAAGGAAGCCAGAUUUUUGGCUUGGGUUCAAACAUAUGUUUCUCUGCUGCUGCCUGUGCUCUCCCUGAUCCACCACUGGAAACCAAUUCCGAGCGAUGCUCUCCCCUGUGUUUCCUUCCCCCACUCCUGCACUGCUGCAGGCGUUGCGUUAAGGAUGAUGGGUGGGUUGACAAGAAAAUUCAUGUCUCAGACCACUGAACUUUUGUAGUUUAUGGCCACUUAAUGGUUUUGUCGAUCUGUCCAAAACAAAUAAAAUCUGUAGCCAAGUUAUUCUAGGCAUCAGGAACCUGUACUAAAGAAACGGAAGGUGUCUGUUUGUUAAUACCAGUGUUAGUAUUUAAAGGCUGAAUGGAGAAAUGAUGGACUGCCCAUUGGGCGCGGUGCGUGAGCUUCAAGGACCCGAGUUCCCACGUUAGCAAUUUGUACGCGUUUGCAAUGCUUUCCAGUGUGUGUGAAUGUGACCUGCAUCUAAAUGAAAGCAGCUGGUGGAGGCACGGAGUGGAAAGCGCGGUGCUUAAACAUGUGAGGACUGGCUGCUCCUGUGGGCAGGCGGUGUCUUGGGACCUUUGUGUGCUCUGCUUUGGGAAGUUUCAAUAGGCACUCCGGGAGAGCGGUGAAAGCAGUGGGCGCGUUGUGCUGUGACCCAGCGGGUGCUCAGGUUGAUUCUGCCCAGAAUGAAGUGCCAGUGAGAGGAUGCUCGGUGGGUCAUUGCAGGUGUGUUUUCCAAAAGUGCCUCUAUCUGGAAAAGAACCGGGCAAACAAACAAACCAAGAAAGAAAACCACUUUCUCUGUAGUUCUUGAGAGCGUGUCUGAACUUGGCACGCUGUGCAGGCUGCCAGCCGGGGCGUGAGGGAUGGAGCACAGCUCGUGCUUUGUGCUCACCCUGCUUGAGAAUAUUGGACGAUUUAGCAGCUGCUAAAUCGUGUGAGGUCAGGGAUUAUUAUGGGGUUUGGCUACUCCUCCAUUUUCUGAAGUUGUUACGGGUAACUUUAAAUAUUGUGUUGAAAAAGAAGAAAGGCUGCUUCCAAAAUCCCAACAAACCAGUCUUACGGGUAUUACUCUUUCUGCAGUCGCGAACUGUCAGAAUCUCUCUUCUGUGCAAGGUCCUGCUGCUGUGAAUAAACCUGGGGUUCUCCCUAUUGAUCCGGGCUGUCUCCCACGCUAGGUCUUCCCCCAAACGCUAGAGUAUUUGGGUCAGCUCUAGCAGCAUGCAGUGCAUUUGUUCAGCUGUCAGAGCAGUAUAUACCCCCUCCUGCGGCCACAUGGAUCUGUCAGAUCGGAGUCGUGCAUCACCUUUCUCUACCUGCUAGCAGGUGAUCACAGCUUAAUCUUCCCAUAGCAGCCAAAACAGCAUGAAGCACGUGUGCCAAAAUGAGGUAUUUUCAAGCAUUUCUUUAUUCUGGGCUAAGGUUUUCAAGCAGUCACGUAACUGUAGGAUAAUGGAUGCAGAUGCACUGAUGCAUUUUCAUAAGGCUUUAAAAAAGACUUUUUAAAGUAGAAUUGGGAUGGCAGCGGUGCACUUGGUGGAAAGUUUGAGAAAUGGUGGAAGCAAACAGGCCAGGUUUGGUUUUCUGAGGGCUUUCCCCCUGCUUUUUUUAGGGAUGUGCUUUGGAUGCAGUAGCAGCUAGCAAGGUUUGCUCCUGACCUGAUGCUCCUCUGUGCUAUUUUUGCAAUGAAAACAGCUUCAGUUAGCUCUUUAGCCUUUCAUUCAAGUAAACAGUGGUGUGCAUAGCCAAAAAUUUUGCUAGCAGGCAAAAGCCUGUUUUUACUGAUGCUGAGACAAACAAUGUUAAUUGCAUCAAAGAAUCAACAGCAUACAUUUACUCCAAAUCUCCAUUUGAGAGCUCUCAUGUGAUCGUGGGGACAUUGUUUGCAAAUACGGCACAGUUGUCCAUCCAAACUAUUUGGUGCCAGGAUCUGCUGCAGUUUGAGAGGUUCCACUUAUUCUCUUUUGAUUGCUCUCUUCCCCCUUUCUGUUUUGUUUUGUUACUGUUGUGGCCAAAAUGGGGGUGGGGUUGGAAUUUGAGGGAGGAUUUUAGAAAGAAGUGAGGAUAAAUAUUUUCCAAGUCGUGUCAAAAUCAGAUAGGUUUUUCAGCAAUCUGACAUUUCAGGGUAGAGGUAGGAUGGAAACAUUGUGCUUGGACAGGCUCAUUGCAGUGAUUUAUGUAAUGUUAUCCUGGCAGUUAGAUGCCUCAUCUGCCAGAUGAUGCAGUUGCAUGCUUAGAUACAUUUUCCAAAACCUUAAUUUUUUCUGUUCUUAAGAAACAGCAAUAACACAUUGAUUGGAAAGAACAGAAAGAAACACCCAUUAAGAAAAUCCGUGAUCUCUAAGUCCCAGAAGCAGGGACGUGGCCACUCCUGGCUGGCAGCAGCAAGCUGCUUUGGGCAGUGGGCGUUCUGGUUCCCCAGCAGCAGCUCCUGCUGGCAGAAUUCACUGCUUCAAAUGAAGGGAAGGUUUUUCAGAGAUAGAAGGUGGGAAGUCUUGAAGUCCUCAGCAGUAACAAGAGGGAGAUAGGAGCUUUUUACUGAAGAAAGUGCUGCUUCCUUCUGACUUUCUGGGUCCUUCUGUCGUGAUGACUUCAAGUCUCGCAUUGCCAACCCCUUUGGAUCAGGUAUCGUACUUCACCUGUUAGCAAUCUUGUUCCAGAUGCAGCUGAGAUAUAAUCUCUCAUCUCUGGCUAUGCUGAAGUUGCUGCAUUUGAUUACAAAGAGGAGAACGGAACCAUCUUCAGAGUUACUGUGUAUGAAUAGGGGACAAGAAGUUUGUCCUAGAAAAGUCCCUGGCUUUGCUGGGUGUGGAGAUCCCAGCGAAAUCACUUACUGGUUCCUCCAUUAGCCAGCCUGCCUUGGCUGCAGGUGCUCUGCUAUCUGAAAGGCUGGUUACUCUACUGGUGGCCAUACAUGUUUGCUUUAUCUUUAACCUGACAAGCCAUUUGUGCUCCAGGGCAUGUGUAAGAAGAAUUAAAUGCAAACAGUCAGAGUCCUCUGCAGGUUAGAGACAAGAAAGAUAGUGCAGAGGGAUUAAGGAUUAAAGGGAGAGCAGCCAUAAGCGGGAUGGAAGGUUCAUUUAUGCACUUGGCUCCAACUAGAUAAAUAUUUAUGAGCGAAGGGAAUGGAUGAUUGUAAGAAUGUCUGAGGUUUGUAUAAGCAGAGCAAAUACAAAAUUCUUGAAGAUGUUGGCACUAUUGACUUUCGGAGAUUUUUUUAGUAGUUUAAAGGGGUGAGGAGCCCAGAUCCCAUUAAAGCCCUAAUUAGCUAGGUAUUUAUGGCCAUUCCAGUUCUCUUCUGAAAUUUGGAAAGAUUGUAUUUCUUGGCUGAGCUGUACUUGGUAUGCUUUUGCUAUUCUUUCCCCUUGCUUUUCUUCAGAGCAAAUUUUCUAUUCAUGGCUAUUCCCCAUGGCAUGUGUAUAAUGGUGCUGCCUCCACUGCACAGUGUAUUUUCAGAUUUAUUGUGUAGGUACUAAUGGAAUAAGUGGUACAAGGUGAGAGGGCUUGGAGGCAGCGAGGGGAGCAGGAAAUCUUGGUGAUGCAGAUGAAAGGGAGACUCUUUGAAAAUGAUGCAGUAACAGUAGUCCGUAUUCCAGCAGAGUUCCAGGGAGAUACCUGGGCAGAGGCAGCAGGGAAGAGAAGCACGUUUAUUGUUUGCCUUGAAGUAUGAAACGGCUAUGGGAGAGAAUGUGCCUCCACUUAAAGUGAUUUGAUGCUUUGGCGUCUUGUCUGGCAGAAGUCUGUACAGUCUUAAGCAUCUAAGUUGCAUUUGACUUGCUAACUUUUGCUAGACGCGAUAAAGGCUUUGCACUCGUGGCUAAAAACAUGGGCAAGCAUCAGGACAGCUCAUAUCGCUUUUAUGACUAGUUGUCUUAUGAAGAUACUGAAAAACGCCUUUUGCAGGGAUGAGUCAAAUCACUGCUGCAGGAGUGCUUAAGCCAAACCUUUGCUGGAGCUGAAGGGAAAAGGAGAGCGCCUGCCUGCUCGGGAGCACUGCUGGAAGGCCCCGUGGCUGCACUGUCAGGCAGGAGCAGGUGCCUGUCAGUUCCUGUGACUCCAAAGCCACUGAGCCAGAUUUGCCUACUGCUUUACUUGGUGUUCCCAGACAGAAGCAGUGGAGAAAAGAAGAACAAUUGUGGAGCUGUGUGGGACUGACAGGAGAGGGCUGCCGACAUUUCGGGGCUGAAUGUUGUAGAGCUCGCAGCCAGCUGGCUUAUGCUGAGCUGCUCCUGCCAAAGGCAGAGAAAAGCAAACGCCACCUCGACCCCGGGGUGCGCUGGGUGCUGGGGAUGGGUGCUGUUCGGCUCUCUCUGCUGGGCAGUCUGCAGUGUGCCCAUGAAACUGCCGUCUCCUAUUGGUUUCCUACACCUCUGCAUGGGUCUGCCGGCAGCUUUUUUGUGCUGUUCUCAUGAGAAAUCCCCGGGGCUGCCCUGGGAAGUUCAGCCAGCACUGCUUUCAUAAAGUCUGGGGAAGUGGGAGGGGGAAUCUAAGUAGGGGUUUAAUUUUUCUGAGUUUAAGGCAAUUAGAGAAAACUGUUAUCCAGCUUAUGAUAAAUGGUCCUUCAGCUUAAACUGUAUGCCUUUGCUUCCGUCCUUAGUACAGGAUCCCUGCGCUGACAAGCAGUCAGACACGUUCCUGCUGUUUUGUAGGUGGAGUUGCUUUUGUUUUCAUUGGUGCCAUUGAUCCAUUUAUGUUAUUUUAAUGUGAAGUGGAUGAUGUGGUACUUCUUACAUCAAAGGCACAACAUUUCUCAGCUGGAAUCUGUAUCAGGUUGGUUUUUACAUAUGAUGAUACAAACGUGUUGAAAUGGGGUUAUUAACUGUAAGCAUUGUGGGGCCCUAGCUGAGGGCAUUGGUUUGGGACAGGAAGGAAAGUGGCCCUCAGACAAAGGACAAGGAAGGGCAUGCCUUGCUUCUGACUCAUCCCUGUCUUUGUGGGGAGGUGAGACCUUACAGCAGACCAGAAGUCCCUUUAAAAAGGUCACAGUACCACAGAAAACAUGCAUCUUUCUUUAUAGUGCACUUUGGCAGCAAAACCACAUUCUGCUCCGCUGUCUUGCUCACACUGGCUGUUCAGACCCCUGAGCAGCAUUUAGGGUAUGUGGUUUCCAGGUCUUAGGCUUGGAGUGGCUCAAGAUCAGUGUUAUUUUGAAGAUUAAGCUGCAUGUGAUUUUAUACCAUCAGGAGCACUUCUUAAAAGAGCAAGGCUUGCUUUGAUUGGGGGCUGGCAGCAAUCUGAGAGACAGACAGUGCCCUCAGCAUGGAAGUGUUUGGUGGGCCUGCGAGCAGCGCGCUGUGUGCUAGUGGGGUAGAGGCAGGUCCUCAUCUCAGAGGGCAGAUGCUGAGGGCAGGGCCCGGGGGGCUCAGCUGUGUGCAUUCAGCUAUUGGGUUUUUCUUCAGAAAGCUCCCUGCAUCCCUUUCCUCGUUCUUUGGGAUGUGUCUGUGGCAGGGCUUGUAGAAACAGUGUUGGCUGUGGCUUUUCUGAGAGACUGCGGAUCAGCAGGAGGAGAUGGAAGUUAUUCUGUCACGUUAGGAUUAGGGGACCCCACUGAGAAGAACUAAGAGGACCAGCUGCUCUGAGCUUCAUAGGCACAGCCCUGGCUCUGGUCUGGAGAAGUCUGCAACAAGGUAUGCUGGUGGAGCUCCUCCUGGGGCUGGAACUCUCCCUCCCUGCCUGGAAAGUCUCUGCAGCAAAGCAGGUGGCCGCAUGCGGGCCCUUGGACACUUAAAAUGAGCUCGAAGCUAUUUGCUAAUGGCGUGGUAGUUGGUAGCUGUAUUUUUCUGAGAUCUCCUGCAGUCAGCUGUGAAAGCCCCAGAUAUUUGAUUCAAUGUAUUUUGAAGUCGAGUGGUUUUGUCCCAGCUUUCUUAUUUUGCUCAUGCAGAUAUUUAAUAGAAGCAGCCUGAGAACUGAAUUCUAAGCUAUCUGGAUGGAAGGUUUCAAAAUAGGGCAGGCAAGAAAGAACCAGCUUUCAGGAGGUAUGUUUGUACUGGGUCCUUGGCACAGCACUAUUUAACUUCUUUUAAUCAGUGACCCAGGGGAAAAAAAAUAAAACCAUUACUCAAAGUCCUCAGAUAACACACAGAUUAGGUGGAGUGCAAGAUAAGGAACAGAAGUGGAGUGGCUGGGAUUGCUUCAUGGACGGUAUGUUCUGAUGCAAUAAAGCGCCCUGCGCUAGGCACAAAGUGAGGGCCCUUCGUGUGCAAGGAGGAGAUGGCAGAGGGAUAGCUGUGCCCUGAGAAAAGGGCCUUUACCCUGAAAGGGGCGUGGGAGUCAAGAUAGGUAGCCAUGUGCAUGGGAGCCUCGCUGUGCCCGAGACUUUGUGUGCAAUCCUUGAACACGCAGCAAAGGAAAUGCUCUGCAGGACUAAGGCUGUGACAGCCCUGCGUUUGGCAUUGGCACGAGUGUAAGUCGGGUGCCAAACCCUGGUGCCUGCUGGUCAGGGAGUCUGGUAGAUUGGAGAAAAGUGUCGUGAGGAUUGGUGGAGGAGGGGAAAAUUGGUCUCGCAGGGAAGGGCUUCCGGAGCUCUGUCUGCUUUAUCAGAGGAGGUGGAGGGAUGGCAUGGUUACGAUUUAUAGCAGCCUGCGUAGGGGAGAGAAAGGUGAUAAGGGAGGGCUCUUCCUUCUGGCAGUCAAACCUGUAACUAGAUCCAGCGGCUGGGAGGCCGCAGCAGCGAUAUGUUUGAGCUAGAGAUAAGGUACAGAACUUGACCAGGAUGAAUAAUUAACCACCGGAGCAGUUUAUCGUGGAUUGUGAUGACUCCAUCUCUUGAUAUCUCCAAAUUGAACCUUUUUAAACAAGAGGCCAUGCUCCAGUCUGGGAUUGAUUCAGACAGGUCUGGUGCUCUGUGUUGCUUCGGUAGCACACCUGCAAUGAAGAGUUCGGAGCUGGCAUAUUUUUCUUUUAAAAAUAAAAUAAAUAAAUAAAUGAAAAUGCUCUGGAGAUGAAUUCUGUUGCUGUUUACUCUUGAACAGCCAGUGCUUGGUGGCUGAAUGUGAGAGUGCCUCGCGCCCUCCCUGGUUUUCUGCUUUGCUCUCAGAGAUCUCAGAGCAGCUGAAAGUUGCAGGUGCUGCUGCUGCUCUCGCUGGGGAAAGUGCAUUCCUGUGGUUGGUUGUACGCCGAGGGGAAGUGGAUCUCUUUCUGUCGUGCUACUUUUCGAGAGUCAAAACCACCAGGGAAGCCGGGUUUGCUCUAUUUUCUGGGCUGCUGCAGUUCCAUUCUGUGAGCUGAUGGAUGCUCAGUAGGAGCUUUUGAAAUGUGAGAGAUGGAGACGUUUAGCACCUUUGAUGCAUUGGUCCCUUUUGUUCGCGGAGAGGAAGAAGGACAUGUCACUAAAGCCUCAGGAGCGGAAGGAAAAAUGGGAGAGGCAUCCAGGCAAGAAACCUAGAGAAUCUGAAAACUGCGUGUCUGCUGAGCCAAGUGAAAAUGGCCAUAAUAACGAUGCGGGGAGCUCAGAGAGAGAGGCAGAAAGAGGCAAAGAACGCGUGAAGAAGAAACUCCCGCUGAAGUUAACCAAACAGAUGAAGGUCCCCACAAGCAGAAGUGGCAGAAAUAGCGAGGAGGACAGCAUCAGGGAGGCCACAAGCUCUCAGCGGAGCAGCUCCAGGGACCGCCUCAGUGAUAGUUCUGCUCAAUCGCUUUCAGGAAGAGGCUACUCCUGUGACAGCGAGAGUGAUGUUGACGAUAAGACUUCAACGGAACUGGAGCUGACCCGUAUCAGGAGUGCCUUGAUAACAAGCAAGGCUUCUGUAGGCUCUGAGAAGCUGUUCUCCCCUGCAGCAAAUAAAGGUCCCACCUUGAAUGACAAGCCAGAAGCAAAAGCAGCCAAUGUCCCAAAGGUGUCUGGGCUAGAGCGGAGCCGGGAGCUGAGCACCGACGUGCCCUUCACCCUGCCUAUCCCCAGCCCCCAGCCAGUAGCUGCCGUUGUGACUUCUACUUCCUCAGCGCCCACGUCGAGUGCCAGAGCGAGCCCGCUGUUGAAGAAGGAGCCCGUGAUUUCAGCACCAGCACCACCAAGGCUCACACCGCAGCCGCAGCCUCGGCCUCAGUCACAACCUCAACCUCGGCCGCAGUCGCAGCCUCAGCUGAUACCUGAGCUUCGGUCCCAGCCUCCGAGUCACAUCCCUCCGCCUCUCAACUACCAAGUGCAUCACCAGGUGGCCCACAACGGACUCAAUAAUAUCAGCCGGAGCAGCAGUGCUAGCAGUGCAACGAGCAUCAGCAUCCCGAAACACCUUCCUCUCUCUCCCCAGAUUCCUCCGCACCAUUCCUCCGGCCCAGCCCUGCCCCUCUCCAUCUCUAAUCUUGCUACCUCGCACUUCUCUCUCAGAUCGCAGACCCAACACCAGCACCAUCCGGCCAUGUUCGCCACCCCACCCACGCUGCCACCUCCACCAGCGUUACCUACCAACAGCCUCGUGAUACCAGGUCACCCUGCAGAUCACGAACUGCUCAGGCAAGAGCUGAACAACCGGUUUUUGGUUCAGAGUUCGGACCGGGCCGCUGCCUCACUUGGCCCGGUGCCGCUGCUGAGAGCGGAGUUUCACCAGCACCAACACACGCAUCAGCACCAACACACCCACCAGCACACAUUCACUCCUUUUCCAUCCAGCUUGCCCCAGACGCCGCUCAUGCCGCCCUCUGCACCUCCCAUGGUGCGUACCCCAGCCCAAAAUUUUGACAAGUACGCUCCCAAAUUAGACAACCCUUACUUUCGACAUUCCAACUUCUUUCCAACCUAUCCUCCAGCAAUGCCUGGAAUGCCACCCAUGCUUCCACAUUCAGGUCCCUUUGGGUCACUUCAGGGAGCAUUUCAACCGAAGACUUCAAACCCUAUCGACGUAGCAGGUAGACCAGGCACAGUCCACCAUACGCUGCUGCAGAAGACUCCAGGGGUGUCAGACCCUUACAGGCCACCAGUAAGAGUAAGUAAGAAACCCGGGAAGUGGUGUGCGGUUCAUGUACAGAUCGCCUGGCAGAUCUACCAUCACCAGCAAAAGAUAAAGCAAAUGCAGCUGGAUCCCCACAAGAUCGAGAUAGGUGGUAAACUUGACCUGUUCAGCAGACCUCCUGCCCCUGGAGUGUUUCCAGGCUUCCAUUAUCCACAGGACCUUGCCAGGCCUCUGUUUUCUACCACAGGUGCGACGCAUCCAGCCACCACCCCCUUUGGUCCUUCACCUCAUCACAGCAGUUUCCUGCCUACUAACCACUUGGCAGGUAAGUAUCCAUUUAGCAGGUCAAGCACCUUCAGCGGCCUUGGGAACUUAGGCAGCAAUGCCUUUGGAGGAUUAGGCAGUCAUGCUCUGACUCACAACAACAUUUUUACUCAUAAAGACGGCCCAAACCUGCAGAAUUUCAACAAUCCCCAUGAGCCGUGGAACAGACUCCAUCGGACCCCGCCGUCCUUCCCAACACCUCCGCAGUGGCCCAAGCCGAGCGAUUCCGAGCGAAGUUCCUCGGUGACAAACCAUGACAGAGACAGGGAGCGGGAGCCCGAGAAGAGGGAUCUUUCUCUGAGUAAAGAUGACAGAGACAAAGAGAGAGACCUCAUGGAUAAAAACAGACAUUCAAACAGAUCCUCACCGGCAUCAGCUCCAGUGACGCAUCAGAUUAGCAAUCUCAUCCGCAGCAACAGCCAAACCUCCAGUGAUCCCAUCAGGCAGGUGAGCCUCGCUGAGAGGGAAAGGUCCAAAGAGCCCGAGCGAGAGCACCCUGACCGGCUGAGAGAGCCGCCCAUAGCAGAACACAAGAUUAAAGAGAGCCGUUCCCCAGUGAAGGAAACUCCAAGCCAUGAUAAGAGACCCUCUGAGGACAACACAAAGCCAGUAAUCCAGUCUGUAUCCCCAUACAGCAAACCUGCACUAAGUGAGAGCUUGAAGCUUACCAAUCUAAUGAGCAAGGACAUGGAGAGAAAGACAGAGCUUCCCAGUGACCUCCAGAAGAUUAAGAAUGACAUCAAGGUCAAAGAGGAGAGGAAGGAAGACAGCGAUGUGCUGGUGGUGGGCUCUGAGCCUUCACAGCACUCCCGAUCAGUGGAGCAUCCCCCGCCUCCUACUUUGCACGGAUUAUCAUUGCCUCCCUCGAUGGCAGCCUCCAUGCCUAUCUCCAUGGGCAGCGUGCACCAGAUGAACAACAUGAAUGUGCUGGACCGCAGCAGGAUGAUGACCCCGCUCAUCGGCAUGAAUCCUUUGUCAGGAAGAGAGAGGCUGCCACAUCCCGGAUUUUCUUGGGACCCAAUGAGGGACCCGUUGCGAGAUGCCUACCACCGGAGCUUGGACCUGCACCGUCGAAUGGACUUCCAGCUCCGGACGGAUCCCAUCCACAGGUUCCCUACCACCUCCGGGUUUUAUGACCACGAGCGUUCGUACAGAGACAGGGAGCCACACGACUACAACCACGAGAACCUUCUGGAAGCGCGCCGAGAGCAGGAGCGGUUGCGGCAAGUGGAGGAAAGAGAGCGCUUGCACUUACGGGAAGAACUUGAGCGUGCCAGAAUGCACCACUUGCACUCGUCCCCUAUCGAAAGUCACCUGGCACACGUGCCAUCCUUCAUGCCUCAUUUGAGCGGGAUGCAUUACCCCAGACUGAGUCCAUCCACUGCCAUGCACAACGGGAUUCUGAACAGGAACCCUCCGACCGCGGCGCUGAGCGCCCCGCCGCCCCUCGUGCCAGCGAGCAGCACCCGGCCUGCCUCCCCCCGCAGGACUACUCCGCUCACUAACUCAGAGUCCAGGGACUACUCCCCCUCUAGGAACCCCAAAGAAGUAGAGGCCCGAUAGUCCCCCACACAGAAUUUUAAACCCUCCUGUAUAUAAAGCAAACGGGGAAAAAAAAAAGAAGAAGAAAAAAAAAAAACAAAGGAAAAAAAAAAACAACAAACAGAAAAAAAAACAACAAAAAAAACCACAAAAAACCUUUUACAAAAUGCACUGCUGUAAACUUUUUUUUUUUUUUUUUAAUGUAAAAUUUGUAGAAGUUAAGCACAUUUCCAUAAAUAAUGGGGUCAGGGGUGCAGACUUUCCAACAAGAAGGUUGCUGAGAAUGGGAAUUUAAUAUAUAGGUAUUGAUUUUUGGUUUUGUUUUUUGUUUCUGUGCUAAAAAAAAAAAAAAAAAAAAAAAAAAGUUAAAAAGAAGAAGUUUGUACAUUUUUUCCCAAAUGUGAGAAACAUUUUUAAUGGAUUUGUAUUUUUUUUAAUUUUGUGCUCUUUAUUCACUUAGGAAAAAAAAAAAAAGAAGAAAUUUUGCUUUUGCUUUUAGUUAAAUUUGCAUUUUAAAGGCCUCAGAUCCUUAAGAAAAAAUACCCAGGGUUUCUUAAAAGUAUUAUUUAUGGAAAUACUGUAGUUUUACAGUCCACUGUGAGGUUCCCUUCUGAGGCCCAUCGAUCACUUACCUUGGUACUUUGGAACCGAAGUUACAGAUAUAUAUUAAAAUAUUAAUAAUAAUAAUAAUGUACAAAACUGUUUGUUUUUUGCCUUAUUAUAUUAUGCAGAAAUUUAAGAGGAAUUUUUUUUGACUUCUUGUUUUAAACAAAAGAAAAACAACAAAAAACAGAAAACAAACUGUAAAUAUUCUGUUAAUAUAAAUGUACACCAAUAUUAAAUUCUUAACAUAGGUAGACUUUAUAAAAAUGGUUUCUAGAACCACUCUGGUUAUUUGUUAACAUGGUUACAACUCAUACUCUCGUCACAGUCAGAAAUUCACACUCAGAGCGCUACGUACGGCAUAUAUACUUCAACUAUGCAAGAACCUGGAGGCAGGUCGUAGUGGAUGCUGGGGGGAGGAAGGUUCAAAAACAAACAACCCAAAAACAACCAACUCGCAACUACGGAGACCGAUGGCAGCGGCAUGUGAGCAGGAAGCGGGCGGCUUGUUGUGUUUCACAAAGAAAGAGACUGGAUUUUUUUGUACAAACACAAGGGACAGUUUGGCGAGGGAAGAGAGACACGCUCCUGGAAGGGCAUUCUGGUUUCCUACUCUUCAGGCUGGCAGAAGCAGAUGGAACUGGCACAGUACCAUGCGGCAGACCCUUUCCUUAUUUUUUUUUUCCUUUUUUUUUCUCUUUUUUUGUGUUGUGGGCAGGAUCGCUGGCAAGCAAGGACAAUUUUCCGUGGACCCCUUGUGCUAAUUGUGCAGUGUUCUUAUUGGAAUCUGUAUACAAGACAAAGUAGAAUUUUAGGAGUGCAAAAAAAAAAAAAAAAGUCUAAUGGUUGAUUAAAAAAAAAAAGAAAUUCUGAUAUAUUAUCUAUAGUACAUGAAGACCAUAAGCAAAUGUUUGUUUCAGUGUGGUUCUGCCUUGAACUGCUUUUUGGCAUGAUUUAUUUUUUAUUUCCAAUUUUACUUUUCAUCCAUAUGUAAAUUUUGCCAUGUUUUACUUGCUGUACCAUCCCCCCUCCCUUAUUUUAUUUUUCAGUGUCCAUGUUUUAUAUAUCCUGGGCUUUUUCUCUCUAGUUAAUUCAGCCAUCCGCUACUAUUUUCUUGGCUCUGUAACUCUUGUUUCCCCCCCCUUCCCCAUCCUCCCCCCUGCACCCCCUGUAAUUUUAAACAUUCAGUUUCCUUGUAGAUCAAUGAAGAUAAAUACAACAUUGAUUUUGGAUGAAA